AUGGCAGGUGGGAACGUACGAAUCCGCUUUGAUCGACCAGUUCAUAUCCUCGGCAUCGCGAUGAACACCACCAAGGGACUAUCUUCCACCGCCCAGAAACAGCAAGCUUGUCUCCUAUUGGGACGUAGUCGUCUUCGUUUAGUGAUCUUAGCCGUUUCUGCCAGCAACACAUACUCAGGUGCCGAUAUAUGCAAUAGCCGAGAGGAACGCAGAAUGUACUAUUCCACGCCAAGCCUCUGGAUCCGGAGCCUGCUCCGUGACGAGCUAACUCGGACCUUCCGCAGAAACACGAAAGAUUUCUUUCUCAUGACGUUACCUGGUGUAAGAUUCACCAUUUUUCUGCACCAUGCCUUUCGGUCUCUUGAGGCUGUUCAGGCGGAUCAUUACACUCGGGUCAUUACUACGCAUGAUACUUUUCGUGUGGCGAAUCUCCUCCGGAUAAUUUUCACACGCUCAGGAUCAUUCCAUUUUUCUGUUAGCCGGCAUCUCAUUGAUCUCUGCGUCCAAGUGGUAGGGGUGCCUGAUAGCGAUGAUGCCAUUUCGGCUUUUCUCAAGGUCCAGCACUCUCACUAUGACGUUGUUUUCUUCAUCGUAGAAAAUUCCUUCGCUAGACUUGUUGAAUGCCACGAUAAUAUCGGGAGUUUUAGCGCCCUCGGCGCCAUAUACGAACGUUUCGAAGAGCUACCGACUCUUGAUUUUGAUUUCAUCAUCAUCGGAGGCGGAACGGCGGGAAACGUUCUCGCGAAUCGUUUAACAGAGGACCCUAAUACCUCUGUGCUCGUACUCGAAGCAGGCGGAUCAACUGCGGACGUGUUACUCACUCAAGUCCCUUUUUUUUCGCCCAACGUAUCGACUGGGACGGCCUGGGACUGGAACUUCACUACAACGGAACAAUCAGGAUUGCUCGGGCGCUCCAUUUCAUACCCGAGAGGUUUCGGAUUAGGGGGAAGUAGCGCAGUCAAUUAUAUGCUGUACACACGUGGAUCGUCUCAGGAUUACGACCGUUAUGCCCAGAUCACCAGGGACUCUGGUUGGGGAUGGGAGGCUUUGCAACCGUACAUGCGAAGGGCCAGUUCGUUUCCUCUCAACGAACGCUUCGUCGCCCCUUCCGAUCAUCACAACACGUCGGGACAGUUCGAUCCUGCGGUCCAUGGCUUUCAUGGUGUCAAUGCUGUUUCUCUCCCGGGAUACCAGCGUGGCACGGACGGUAGCGUGCUUCAGACGACAAUGGUGUUAUCUAGCGAGUUCCCCUUUAAUGUGGAUUAUAACUCUGGAUACCAGCUAGGCAUUGGCUGGACACCAUAUACCAUCGGAAACGGGACUCGAAGUAGCUCGCAGACGUCUUAUCUUGGGCCUUCUUACAUCGCCCGGCCAAAUUUGCAUGUGCUAAUUCAUGCGCGUGUCACUCGAGUCUUACAGUCUAAUAUCGCUAAGACCAGUGGGAUACCAACAUUUAAUACCGUUGAGUUUACUCAGAACACGGGGGCAACCACGCACACAAUCGCGCCUUCGAGAGUCAAAGAAAUAAUUUUCUCCGCUGGUUCCAUCGGUACUCCACACAUCCUUCUUCAUUCUGGUAUCGGCGACAGGACUGAGCUAAAGGCUCUGGGAAUCACCCCGACGCUCGAUCUUCCCGACGUUGGAAAGAACCUGACUGAUCACCCCAUGUUGACUCUCAGCUUCUAUGUCAACAGCACGGAUACUAUGGAGAAUAUCUAUUUCAGAAACGCCACGUUUCAAGCAGAGGCGUUGGCGGAGUGGAAAGCCAAUCGGACGGGAUUUUUGACGGCUGGGAUAGCUAGUCAAGUGGGGUUUCUUCGCGUUCCCGAUAAUGCAGGUGUUCUGGAGGGAGAGCCAAGCGCGGGAAAUGAGACCGCGCAUUACGAGUUGGCUUUUACGGCACAACCUAUCCCCGAUACGGGUAACUAUUUUUGCGUUACGACUGUCGUGUUAUGUCCAUUAUCGCGGGGGGAUGUCACCAUAAACAGUACCGAUCCCCUGGACCCGCCACGAAUCAACCCGAAUUAUCUCUCUCAUUCGCAGGAUCUCGCUGUCAUGCGAUAUGCUAUCGCCAGCGCGAAGAAAUUUGUCACGGCUUCGGUAUGGGAAGACUACGUCCUUGAGAUCAUGGCGGAUAUCAAGGAUGAUGAUGAUGUUAGGAAUGCAGUAGGUUGUAUCUACCAUCCAGUUGGUACGGCAAGCAUGUCUCCGGAAGGUGCGGACUGGGGAGUGGUAGAUCCGGAUUUGAAGUUGAAGGGUGCCAGGGGCGUGAGAGUUGUCGAUGCGUCGAUUUUGCCGUUCUUGCCGGCAGCACAUACUCAAGCGGCUGUGUAUAUUAUUGCUGAGAGGGCGGCAGAUCUUAUCAAGGGGGCGUAA